UUCACUAGACCAGUGUGUUGAAGGAAGCAAAAGAGGAAGAGAAGCUCUUCUCCUCUCUCCCUCUCCACAGAGUGCUGUAGUGACUAGUGAGGGAUCACUUCCAAUUGGUGGUUGUCCUCCAGGUUUUGCUUUUUUAAUCUGUCUUUGGUUGGCUAGUUUGGUUCUUCUUAUUGGUGGUGGUGGUAGUGGUGGUGGUGGCGGUGGAAGAAGUGUCGAAGUCAAUGGAGAGGAAGCAGGGGUUCUUCUCUGCGCUGAAGGAGGAGGUGGUACGAGGCCUUUCUCCGUCCAGGUCGCGGGCAAGAAGCCCUGGAAGGAGCGCUUCGCCCAUGGCGGUGCUGCUUAGAAGGAGGAAGCCGUUGGCCUCGUUGCCGGAGCCCCUGAUCGCGAGGUCCGGGAGUCUUCGUCCGGUGGGGGAGGCGCUGACGCCGCUCAUGGAGGGGCCGGAUCCAGAGGGCUCUGGGGAUGGAGAAGGCGGGAGAAAAGAAGGGUGGGCAGGGAUACAGCAUUGGAUGAAAGGGCAGCUCCUCUCGAGGACGCCUUCCGUGUCGUUGUCGGCAUACAGCAAGAGAUCCGACCUCCGCCUCCUCCUUGGCGUCAUGGGGGCGCCGCUUGCGCCUGUUCACGUCUGCACCACCGACCCUCUGCCUCACCUUAGCAUCAAGGAUACACCAAUUGAAACUUCUUCUGCUCAGUAUAUCCUUCAGCAGUAUACAGCUGCAUCCGGUGGAUUGAAAUUGCAGAGCUCAAUCAGGAACGCAUAUGCUAUGGGAAAGGUGAAGAUGGUGGCUUCUGAAUUUGAGACUGCGACGAAGGUUAUGAAAAACAGGAACCCAUCAAGGGCCGCUGAAUCGGGCAGUUUCGUACUGUGGCAAAUGAUGCCAGACAUGUGGUAUGUUGAACUUGCGGUUGGUGGUAGUAAGGUGCAUGCUGGUUGCAAUGGUAAGCUUGUGUGGAGACACACCCCAUGGCUUGGAUCCCAUGCUGCAAAAGGGCCUGUGAGACCUUUACGCCGAGCACUUCAGGGGCUGGAUCCAAGAACUACUGCAAGCAUGUUUGCAGACGCGAGAUGCAUAGGGGAGAAACAGAUAAAUGGUGAAGAAUGUUUUAUUCUCAAGCUCUGUGCUGAUCCACAGACCCUGAAAGCCAGGAGUGAAGGGCCUGCAGAGAUAAUUAGACAUGUCCUGUUUGGGUAUUUUAGCCAAAGGACUGGUCUUCUAGUUCACAUGGAGGACUCCCACCUCACUCGAAUUCAGUCAAAUGGGGGGGAUGCAGUGUACUGGGAAACAACCAUCAACUCUUUUCUUGACGAUUACAGGCCAGUGGAAGGAGUGAUGAUCGCUCACUCGGGUCGGUCUUUAGUUACGCUUUUCAGGUUUGGAGAGAUGGCAAUGAGUCACACAAAGACAAGGAUGGAAGAGGUGUGGACUAUUGAGGAAGUGGCUUUCAAUGUCCCUGGACUGUCCAUGGAUUGUUUCAUCCCUCCAGCUGAUAUCAGGUCCGGGUCAAUUAGUGAAACUUGUGAACUACCCCAUGGAGAAAGAGGUAAGGGUAUGGCAGGUGCACAUCGAUCUAAGGUUGCUGCCAUAGGAAAAUCACAGGAUAAUCUUGAUAACAUCAUAUGGAGGGUGGAAGUCUGAUAUUCCGAGUCCCAAAUGCUGAAGCUAUUUGUUCAUAUUGUUAGUGUAGCUUAUUGACCCAUGCAAGCUGGUGGCAAUUGACACUGAUACCCGGAUGAGCAAAUUAGUCGCAUUGUUUGUAAAGAGAGUAGAAUCAAUUGCAGGGUGUUCUGCAGGCAGUAGUAAAUUUUUACUUUUGAUGAGGAAGCUCGCACCGCUUCCCUUCGAGUGUAUCAAUUUGGGUACUGGUGAGAGAUCCGUGGAUAUGGAUUUUUGGCUUCUUUUUUUUUUUUCUCAUGGCUUGUAUUCCAUGCCUCAAAGAAGUGGCGGUGAUCCCUUUAGUUUUGAUCUACUUUUAGUAACUGCUAACUGUUGAUUCUUAAUUUGGAUGUCAAUGUAUUACUGAUAAUCAGUUUCAGAGAGAGCGAGAGGAAGCUCCUUACUCUUUAUCUUCUUCAAGUGUUGCUGUUUGUGGUUUUGAUUGAUAGCCAGGCUGCCAGUUUUGGGUUUGAGCAGUAGUUUCUCUGGAUCAGCAGCGGUAGAAGGCAGGAAAGAAGAUUCAUCCUGUAGGGAAACCUGCUCCAGUCAACCCCAGUCUGUACUUUUGUUCUGAUCUGUUUUUACUCUUGGUGUGAAGAUGGUAAAAAUGUAUACGAAACUGUUUGAUCUAUCAGAAGCUAUUGAAUGCCUUUAAUUGUGGA